AUGAUACACACCAACUUUUUUUGUGUGGAGAAACCUCUUGUGUUUUUCAACGAGGUGUUGACCUUCAACGGCAAGCGGGACCUGGCAAAGAUCAUCGACUUUGGCUUGGGUGCCAUUCGCCGUCAGGAGGAUGAGGCAGAGGAGUGGAUGAGCGAGGUUCUGGGCACCUUGGCCUUCGUGGCACCUGAGGUGGUCGAGCAGAGCUACAAUGAGAAAUGCGACUGCUGGUCCUUUGGCAUCAUGGUCUUCAUGCAGCUCACAGAGGGCCAGCACCCGUACGACCUUCAGAGUCGGGCCUCGACCUUCAACUUGAGCAACCGCCAACUGCUGGCGCGCUUGCGUUUGGAAGACCCCGUCCUCGAGGAUCUCUCAGAUGCCAAGGGUCGAGAUCUGGUCUCAGGACUUCUGGUGCGUGACCCCGCCCAACGCCUCAGUGCGCAGGAAGCGCUGCAAAAGCCUUGGCUGCGGCCCCGGAGCGUGCGCGAGAGCGAGACGCGGCGGAUGUCGCGACAGGAUCGUAAGCUGCUCCGGCACAGCCUGGGCUCCUACAAGGACCUGGCCUUCUUUGACAAGGCUGUCCUUCUGAUGGCGUCUCAUUUUCAGCAGCCAGAGGUGAGCCGCCGCGCCUCCGAAAUCUUCAUGUCCAAAGAUCUGGAUAACUCCGGAUAUUUAAACGAAGAGGAGCUGCAAGGAGCUCUAGAGGCCGUCGGCAUGAAGCCGGAUGCCGAGCUCCAAGAUGCUUGGCGAAGCCUAGACACCAGCGAGGAUGGGCGCGUGAGCUACAGCGAGUGGUUGAGUGCUACCAUGCAGCCCGCAGAGUUGGAGUCCGAAACCUCCGUCAAGGACCUCUUCUCCUGGUUGGAUUACGACGGGGACGGCCAGGUGAGCUUGGCCGAGGUCGAGCGCUUCGUGACGCCCGAGGAAGCGGCGGAGGUUCUGAAUUCUGCUGGUCACAGCGGCGUGAUGAACCUCCAGGAUUUCAGGGCUUUGAUCAAAGAGAUCGCCCACCGGCGUUAUGGCACCAUCGCGGCCUACGCCAGCGAUUCAGAGGGCGAAGGCUUCUCGUCGGUGAGCCCGACCAAAGCCGCGGUCUCACCCACCACGCCGGCGGACUCGUCGGAACGACAACGGAGGACGGCGACCCCGUUUGUGAUCUCUCCUCCUUCGACGACCGUGCUUCUGCUGCACCGCUUGGGCUCCGUCCGACAGCUCGAGAGCUCGCGGCGUUCGAUCGACGCCAUGGGCUGCAGCGCGCUGCGCAGCGCGAAGGUGGAGGUGGAGGAGUUUCAGGACCUGAGGCGCGUCCCGCCUCCAGCCUCCGCGCAGCAGAGCAAGACGGAUCCGAAUGAUCUGGCAAGUGCCUGGGAAGACUUGAAGCGAAGCUCAUCGAUGAAUGGCACGCAGCAUGCUGACACCCUCCCGGAUGGCGUGCCACUACCCACCGGCAAGUUUGACCACGAGCUGCAUGUGAAGCGCAUGAACAGGUAUUUGCGAAAGCUGCAGCGAAAGCCGCAGGAACUGGUGCGCGCGGUGGAGAAGAAGCGGAGCGGAGACUGCGGCCAGGCGGAGCGGACGACCUCGCGCCGGAAGCGGCUCUUGGGGCGCGUCUUGGACAGCCGGCGCAACCGCCCGCGGUGACCGACUUCACGGGCGCGCGCGCUGCAUGUGUUGGAGGUUUUGGCCGAAGGAGCGUGGAGAGGCUUUGUGGAGUGAGUUGGAAAAUCAGCCAGGAGCCAAAGUCACAAAGAAGGACUGAUCCAAGAGUUGUACCUUCCCAUGCCAAAGAAUUUGAU